AUGAAUCGCUGGACUAAACUUAUUAGUUUGCAUCGCACACAAAAUGGUGAAGCACAAGCAGGAAAAGCAGAAGGGCAGAAAGAAGAGAAGAAGGAACAGAAAACAAAAGUGAACUGGAAGGAGUGGGUAAUUGAUCCCUCUGAAGAGUUUUAUUAUGGCUGGUUGCAGGUCAUGAUCUUUCCCAUUAUCUACAACUGGGUUGUUAUUAUCCUCAGGGUCUGUUUUUAUGAAGCUGACCAGCAAUUACAGGCCGUUUGGUACACCUUAGACUACAUCUCAGAUCUGGUGUAUGUGGCUGACAUAUUCGUCAAGGUCCGCACUGGAUUUUUGGAGCAAGGCAGCCUAGUGCGAGAUAUGUCUCGGCUAAAAAAACGCUACCUGAACUCCUCUCAGUUCUUCUUGGAUGUGCUGUCCCAGCUGCCUACUGAUCUGCUGUAUCUGAAUAAUUUUUUCAAAACUCCUGUAGUGCGGAUCAACAGGUUCCUUCGCUCACCUCGCCUCUCUGAGGCCUUGGACCGCAUGGAGACACGUACUGCGUACCCCAAUAUAUUCCGCAUAUCCAAACUAAUGAUCCUCAUCUUUAUCCUCAUCCACUGGAAUGCAUGCCUCUAUUUUGCCCUCUCAAAACAUAUUGGCUUUGGAGAUGAUGAGUGGGUCUACCCUGACAUCACAGACAGUGAGUUUAAUUCCACACGCCGUCAGUACUUCUACUCCUUCUGGUUUUCCACUCUGAUCCUCACCACAGUGGGAGACACCCCUCAGCCAACUCGUGAGGAAGAGUUUCUCUUCAUGAUUGCUGACCUUUUAAUUGCUGUGCUGGUUUUUGCCUCUGUGGUGGGAAGCGUAGGGAAUGUAAUAAUGAACCUGCGUGACCGGGACAAUGUCUUCUUCCCUAAUCAUGAGUUGGUAAAGAGCUACUUGCGCAGCCGGAGAAUCAGCAAAACGCUACACAAACGUGUCAAUGACUGGUACCAACAUCUCCAUAUCAACAAAAAGAUCACCCGGGAGAAUGAAAUCCUCCAGCAGCUCCCAGUCACACUACAGACAGCCAUUGCUGUGAGCGUGCACCUACCCACUCUAUCCAAGGUUACCAUCUUCCAAAACUGUGAGAGCAGCCUGCUGGAACAGCUGGUGCUCAAGCUCACCCCACAGGUCUACAGUCCUGGAGAGUAUGUGUGUAGGAAAGGUGAUGUAGGGCAUGAGAUGUAUAUCAUUAAAGAGGGGAAGCUGGCUGUGGUGGCAGAUGAUGGGGUCACCCAGUUUGCUGUACUGGGUGAUAGCAACUUCUUUGGAGAGAUCAGCAUUCUCAACAUAAAAGGCAACAAAUCAGGUAAUCGACGCACAGCCAACAUCCGCAGCAUUGGUUACUCAGACCUUUUCAGCCUGUCCAAGGAGGACCUGACAGACACACUGUCCGAGUUUCCAGCUGCCAAGCGCCUUUUGGAGGAAAAGGGGCGGCAGAUCCUUACUAAGAUGGGAAUGCUAGAGAUUUCAGAUGAAGGAGAAGAGGAAAAGGAAAAGAUGGAGGACAAAGUGGUGCGCAUCGAGUCUAGCCUGGAGACAUUACAGACCAAGUUAGCACGGUUGAUGGUUGAACUGGAGUCUAGUGUCCGCAAGAUGAUGAAUCGAGUGGAGCAGCUGGAACUGCAGACUGAUGGCUGGGAGGGCAUUGUGGCUGAGGGGGCCGGGAGCGAAACUGAAGAUGAGGCUGAGAGAAAGAGGGAGAUUGGAGAUGGUGAGGGAGAGGGAGAGGGAGAGGGAGAGGGAGAGCAAGAAGAGGCACCACAAGGAGAGAGGGGUGAGGGGGAUGGAGGGGAGGAAGAUAAGGAUGAGGGAAAAGAAGUAAAACAGAAGUGA